AGCAACCAGAUCACAAGAUUGAAACCGAGGGUACUGCUUGAACAUGUUGUAAGUAAUAUGGCGGAAUCGUUGUCGAAUUUGGGUAUCUGUUAUGUCGUAUGAUCUGAGGAUCACAGAGCCUCAAAAUUUAUAAAACUCUUUUUGCCUUUGCUUGAAGUCACAUUGAUGGUAGAAAGCAUGGCUUCAAGUUUGUUGAUCAAGACACUCAAAGUAUGCCCUGUCAAAGCUUUCAAACGUUCACAAUCAACAGCAGUGCCAUCAUGGCUGAAAGCAAUUACUGGCUUAAAGAAUUAUAAAGUUUGUCAAAUUGGAGAUCCAAUACUAAGACAGAAAUCAAAGCCAGUACAGUUUGACUAUAUGCUGAGCCAAGAAUUCAAUCAACUUGUUGAGCUGAUGGUUAAAACUAUGAGAGACAAAAAAGGAGUUGGGAUCGCUGCACCUCAAGUUGGUGCCAGUUUGAGAGUUAUUGCAGUGGAGUUUAAUGGACAUCAUCUCAAGCAGAACCUCAAGAAGUUUGGAGCAAAUGGAGUACAAAAAAUGCAAAUGCAAUUAUUCCCAUUAAAGGUUGUGGUUAACCCUGAAGUAAAAAUUAUUGACCCUACUACAGUAGCAUUCAAGGAAGGGUGCUUGAGUAUGGAAGGAUAUUCAGCAAUUGUUCCAAGGGUAAAGGAAGUUCAAAUCUCAGGACAAAGCACAACUGGAGAGAAAUUGAAAUUUAAUAUUGCUGGCUGGAUGGCACGAGUUUUUCAACAUGAGAUGGACCACUUAGAUGGGCAUCUGUUUGUAGACUCUAUGCAGUAUAAAACUCUUAUUUUUGAAAAGUGGAAAGAUUUUGCAUCAUAGCUUUUACCCUAGAUAUUUUAGGUGUUUGUUUUAUUUUUCAAUGGAGUCCUGAAAAAAUCCAUUGUUUUAUUGUCAUUGCUAGAACUCUAGCCUCCUGCUGAUAUUGAAGGGUUAUUAAAAUUCUCAUUUUUUCAAUGGACACUUGGUGGUUCAAUCGUUAUUGAUAAGGCUUGCAUGUCGAACAAUAGCAAGAGAAGACUUGCUGAGUGCUGACAUAUCUAUGUGGUAAAUAGCUUCUGACAUAAUUGUGUGUUGUCAGUAUAUACCUCCAAUUUAGUGUCGUGAAAUCACUCACCACUCUGACCAUACCUUAACUGGUUGCACAUCUAAAUGUUUUUAAAAAUUUAUGUUUUUAUUGCGGUAUCAUUUAUAAAUAAUGUCAAAAGCAAGUAUUUAGUAAAUCAUCAUAAGCAUUGCUCUUCUUGGAUCUAAACACAUUUCUAUUAAUCCUCAAUUUAUUUUUUGUGGUCUACAAAUACAUUGAUAACCUUUAAAAUAGAAAUAUAUUUUUAAUCUUUAGGAUACCAAUACUUUUGAUAUUACUUGUUUACAAAUUAUCACUGUAUGAUGAAAGAGACAGAUUCAGUUGUAAUCAAGUACUGUUAAAUCAACUUAAUUUCUAUUUAGUAUUUUUUGCCAGUCAGAGAAAUCUUUAUAAAUAACACAUUAUUUUCAUCAUGAUAGUAUAACAAAACAUUUAAUGUAAAAUACAGAAAAUAAUUUAAUCAAGAUGUGAUUUAUUCAACAUUUAAAUUUGAUAUAAAUUUUAAGUUCUUCGCUAAAUGGAAAUUUAAGUUAAAUAUACACUCAGGAUUUAAGUUAUAAGUAGGAUAAAUAGAUAGAAGCUGAGAAGGCAAAUUAUCACAAAUACUAACUCACUAUCAUACAGUCACAAAAAAAAGAAUAUUUGUCAUACUAGUGGCCAGAACUGGGGGGGGGGGCUGACCUAUUUUCUUUGUUUCAAAACACUUGCUUGAGUAUUCGCUUGAGUAUCAGUCUUAAUGGACACAGCCCCAGUUAGCCUCCCUGUCUUGUAUGCUCUGGUAAGCUAUAUAAUUUUGUAUUACAAUUUGGAUUGCUGUUGUGGAGCUGAGGAUAUGAUAAUGAAGAAAACUCAUGAGUACUAAUAAGCAAUUAAACAGUUUGUCAUUAAUUCUUAAAGGCUAUAUUGUCAUUAAUAUCAACAAUUCAUUGUUCAACCUAGCAUCACCUUCUCAGCUUUUAGUCUACCAAUAGUUUAAUAAAAUUGAUUGUUUUAGAUAUCUAAAUUAUUGUGUAGAGGUAUUUUAUUGACACAAUUGAACUGAACUGGACGAUAUUUAUUCAUACUUGUGCUUUUAGAAUGGAUAAUCAUACAAUGAUUGCAUGUCAUUUACGUCUUAUUACAGAUGAUCAAGAAGGAAUGAAUGAGAUGUUAAGUUAUAUCUUACCAGGAUGCAUUCACUAUUAUGGACCAUAACCUACUUCCUUUGACACCAUAUUCAAAACAGAGCAAAAAUAUUUUUUUUCUUUUGAUAUAACUAGCUACUUUCAGAUGUCACAUCUUGAAGUACAAAAAUACAACAAAAAUACUAAAAUAAAAAUAAGAUACUUCAAGAUAAACCACAAAAAGACAAGACAGACAAGACAAGACAAGACAAGACAAGACAAGACAAGACAAGACAAGACAAGACAGACAAGACAAGACAAGACAAGACAAGACAAGACAAGACAAGACAAGACAAGACAAGACAGGGAGUCAAGCAAUUCACCACAGGAAUGCAAAACAAAAUAAGACAAUAUAAACAAUACAAAACAAGACAAAACUUGACAAGAUAAGGCAUGGUAAACAAAAUUAAGACAAAAUGAGAUAGGUUAAAAUGAGACAAUACAAGACAAUGGCACAAGCAAUAUGCAA